AUGGGAUGGCUACAUCACCUUCACACUACUGGGACAAGAUAUCUGCUCAGCAUGAAGGAGCUUGAGACCAUCUACAACCUUGAGGAGGAUCGAGGUCUUGACACCGAGUUGUGUGUAGCCGCAACUGAGCUCCAUGCGCUGUGGAGGAUGAUAAGCUUGAGGUCUUAUCAGAUUUCCAGCAACAAGAGCGGCUGCAUCAAGAACCCGGCGAUACGCUAUGCCCACAAGGUGAUCGCCAAUACCCUCUUUGCUAGACAUGACUGCUCAAACGUCACGACGCAAGAGCUCGAGCUACUUGAUGAAGGGAUAAUCCAGAAGCUCAAACUCUGGAUGACGGAACAGAGAUGA